AUUUUCCGACUGUUAGCCACAGAGAAUCUCGUGUUACUGAUUUAAUCCUCCAGGUAGUAUAUCGUAGGAAAUCGUGGAAUGUGCGCCAAUUCGACGCCCUAGAGACGCGUAUCCACAAUGGACGGCCUGGAUGUCGACUAUUUGUAUAAAAAUAACAAAAACCACUCGUUGGUCGAUAGUCUGCCGUUUGUAGAUACUAUUCCUGUGGAAUUGGAGCCAACGAUCCAAGAAUUGGUACAAGAUGAGAUGAAACUCAUUCUGGAAGAGUCUGGAUGCAGCGAAGAGGAACUUUUGAACAAGUAUUUGGCGCCUAUACCAUACGAAAGGAAGGAGAACGGUUGUCUGUACAAUCUAGAGAUUAAUCGCAUACAAAAUGGAGAGGAAAAGGAAGGACUAAAUUUCAAAAAGUAUUCCGAGAUAGAUUCCGGAGAUAAUGUAGACGCUAAACUUGAGCAUAUGAAGAUGCUCAUGGAGUAUUCCCAAGGCUCCCUAAUCAACCUAGAGCUUAUGGACAGGUACAAGGAAGGGUCUUGGCUCAAGUACCUAGACUCACUCACACUACUCAAACUUGGAAUGGAGAAGGAAAAGAAUCAAAUCACCGAAAAGGUGGAAGAAAUAAACAAGAGAAGAAAACUAUCGCAAAUUGAAUGUGCAAAUAGGCUAAGAUCAAUCGGUCAAGAAUACGAGGAUUUGAUAAAUAAGAACAAACAACUCUUUUUUGCAAUUGAAGAAUUGCAACAGAAAAAGCGUGAAACUAUCUUGGAGUAGAAAAGAAUAAUCCUAGUCCUUUAACAACCUAAAAGAUUUAGUAUAAAUGUAGACUUGCUAUACCUUGUAGUAUACGUCCGAUAAU